GGCUGCUUGUUGCAUGCUCUUCAGCUUAACACUAUGCGCGCACGCUCUCUUUACAGCUGAGCGAAUCGCUGCGACGUCGACGUCGACGGCGACCGGCUGGUCGGCUAUAAAAGGGCAGCAGCUGCUGCGCGCCGCUUUAGUCUUUCGACAAACGUCGCGUCAAUUGCAACGUGCACAAGCGAGCAGCAGCUGCUAAAUCAAGUGGAAUUUUGACAAUAUUUUCUUCGUCAGACUGUGCGUGUGUCUGUGCCUGUGCCUGUGUUAAGCCGCUUAGAGCUAGAAGCAGCACGAGCUAAACAAAACGUGCACAAACAAACAUAAAAGAAGUCGCGCAUAAUUCGAAUAUUGUUCGCGCCGCAUUUUAAAAGGUGGUCAUGAAACGUGCCCAACAUUUGCAUAAAUAUCAAAUGCCACAAAAAUACUAAAAACCAUAAAAGAAAACUGUGCUCUAACUUGAAUUUGAAGUAAAGAAAAAGAACUUCCUUUUGUGGCGCUACAAAUAUGCUGCGCUUAACCACGUUCGUGAUCGUUGCGUUGGCUGUGGCAAGCGCGCGUGGCGCCACCACCAGCGGCAACAUAAUCGUCAGCGAUGAGAACAACAUGUUGCGCGAUGUUCAGGCAGCCGGCAGCGCGGCUCCAAUUGCAACGGCAACUGCACCACCAUCAUCCAGCGUGGAGCUGCUGCGCUUUGUCAACGAGGACGAGGACAACGACGAACUGGAGCUGCUCUCGAAUGGCAGCAAGGACGAACAGGAUGCGGAUGCGGAUGCGGACAAGAAUCUGAAGCUGGGCGAUCAGGUGCGCCUGCUAACGAAGCAAUUGAAUGCGCUGAUGACGCGUCGGCGCGAGGAUUACGAAUUGCUUGAACAUAAUUUACGCAAAUCCCUGCGGCUCACCACGGACGCGGCCAGCGUCGAUGCGGAUAUGCGCAGCGAAUUGGACCAACUGAGACGGGAAAUGCAAACGCUACGUGCCACACACAGCAGCAACAAGGAGCGCCUCACUGUCGAGUGGCUGCAGCAGUCGAUAUCAGAGAUACGCAAGCAGCUGGUGGAGCUGCAGCGCACCGCGGGCAGCGUGGCAAAGGAUGUGCGACACGGUGGCGCUGCCUACGAGGAUCUGGCGACCAUACGCAACGAUUAUCAGCAGCUCAAGCUGGAGCUGGCCGCACAGCGUGAACGGCAACAGCAAACUGAGGUGAUUGUUCAAGAGCUGCGCGAGGAGCUCAUGCAGCAGGAGCAGGAAUACAAACAUGACCUGAUUAGGCAGCAGCAGCAGCAGCAGCUAAAUGCCAAUGCAAUUGUCAAGGAGCAGCAGGCGGAGCAGUCGGCUAGCAUUGAGGAAGAUAGCAGCAGUCGGGAGAGCAGCCAAGAGUCCAAAUCGCAGUCGAGCAGCGAACUAGCGGACCACAGACGCCGCCAUUGCCGCUUCCAGCAGGAGCAGAUCCACAAUCUGCAGCUGGCCCAGCGUAGCUUGCGCCGGCAGAUGAACGAGCUGAAAUACCAUCACAUUGACGAGCGAGUGCGCAGCAUUGAGCUGGAGCAGCAUCGUAUAGCGAAUGCCAAUUUCAAUUUGAGCCGUCAGAUUGCGACACUGGACAAGCUGCACACAUCAAUGCUCGAGCUGCUCGAGGAUGUUGAGGGACUGCAAAGUAAAAUGGACAAGAACAUACCCGAGCUGCGACACGAAAUAUCCAAACUGGAGUUUGCCAAUGCCCAAAUCAGCUCCGAGCAGAAUUUGGUGCGAGAGGAAGGCAAAAAUUCCGCACGUUCCCUGCAGGCAAUGGCCGUCAGUGUUAGCGCACUACAGGAGGAACGCGAGGGCGUUCGAAAAUUGGUCAGCACAGUGGAACAGCUGCAAACGAAUGUGGAUCGCGUUCAAUCACUGGUCAGCAACGAGCUGCACAAUAAGCUUUCGCACCUCAACAAGCCGCACAAACGUGCACAUCACCAAAAGCAACAACAGCAAUCAGCGCAGCUGACAGACUUACGCACAGACAACGAGCUGGCCGAAACACUGGUUGCAGAGCUGGAGAACGUGGAGGCACAGUAUGAGGCAAUUGUGAAUAAACUGCCACAGGAUUGCAGCGAGCUGUCGACGCAUGUUGAUGGUCUGCAUUUAAUAGCGCCCGCUGGACAGCAUCAUCCACUGAUGACGCACUGCAACGCGAACGGCUGGACGACAGUGCAGCGUCGCUUUGACGGCAGCGCUGAUUUCAAUCGCUCGUGGGCCGACUACGCCCAAGGUUUUGGCACUCCCGGUGGCGAAUACUGGAUUGGCAACGAACAGCUGCAUCAUCUGACACUCAACAACUGCACACAGCUGCGCAUACAAAUGCAGGAUAUCUACGACAACAAUUGGGUGGCCGAGUACAAGCAUUUCUAUAUCUCAUCGCGUGCCGACGGCUAUAGACUGCAUAUCGGCCAAUAUAGUGGCAAUGCUUCGGAUGCGCUUAACUAUCAACAGGGCAUGCAGUUCUCGGCCAUCGACGACGAUCGCGAUAUAUCACAGACGCACUGUGCUGCUAACUAUGAGGGUGGCUGGUGGUUCUCUCAUUGCCAGCACGCCAAUCUCAAUGGGCGCUACAAUCUUGGCCUGACUUGGUUUGAUGCCGGUCGCAAUGAAUGGAUUGCGGUCCGCUCAAGUCAAAUGCUGGUCAAGCGUCUGCCCAGCGAUGAGUGUGCGCCGAGCAAUAGCAAUGAGGCGGCUGGCACGACAACAGCAACAACAACCACAACAACAACAGUGGUGCCCAGCACAAGGCCAACCACUGUGGUGCAGUUCGUUGCCGCUGCGCAGGCGUAAGCAAACAGUUAGCUGACAAAAAAGAAAUAAUUAAAAAACAAAGAGAAAACAGCUACAGUGAACCACCAGAGCCAUGCCUACUAUAGUUUGGAGUGCGUGCGUGUGAA